ACCUCCCAGCCUUUGGCUCAUAAUAUAAAGCUUCAACUCAAAAACCCCUUCUUUCAUACACAAAACAAAUCUCAAACCCAACACACGAAAAGAAAACAAAGAGAUGUCCCGACACCGCAAAAAUUCUUCCUUCACAGCUUGCUUCUUCCCAACCACCACCGCCUCCGACCACCCGCUUGCUUUACCGGCUCCUCCUCCUCCUCCGCCGCCACCACCACCACCAAUCUCCGGUAAGUUAAACCUCACGACUUGCCUUUAUAAUACAAGCCUCGGGCUUUUCUCCUUCACGUGGUCAAAAACAUUCUUUGGUCACUCUCUUAAUCUCAAUCUUCAUCCUUUUGACUUCACGAACUCUCCUCUUUCUUUCUCUAAUAAUUCUCUCUCUGAUCCCUCAACUCUAUCUUUUCACCUCCAUAUUAAGCCCUUUAUUUUUUGGAAAAAACAUGGAUCAAAAAAGCUCGUCAAUUACACUUCAUCAACAUCUGUAAUCCAAAUCUUUUGGGACCUCUCUCGAGCUAAAUUCGGAUCCGGACCCGAACCGGAAUCCGGGUUCUACAUCGCAGUUGUCGUCGAUGGAGAAAUUGCCCUUCUUGUUGGUGAUUCUUCAAAGGAAGCUUAUGCCAAAACCAAAGCUCACAAGCCAGAGCGAGCAUCUCAAGUUCUUCUUUUGAGAAGAGAGCAUGUUCUUGGCAACAAAGCGUACACCACAAAAGUCAAAUUUGGAGGCAAAACGAGAGAGAUUUCGAUAGAUUGUAGUGUCAACAGCGACGCGAAGCUGAGUUUUAGUGUUGAUAACAAAAGGGUGUUGCAGAUAAAGAGAUUAAAGUGGAAAUUUAGAGGAAAUGAGAGGAUUGAAGUUGAUGGAGUUCCAAUACAAGUCUCUUGGGACAUUUAUAAUUGGCUUUUUGAAGACAUGAACAACGGGCAUGCAGUGUUUAUGUUCAGGUUCGAAAAUCUUGACAAUCAAGAACAAGAAACACAUCAUCAACAUAACGAAGAAGUAAACGGUGGUCAUUAUUUGCAACAAGGUUCUUGCAGCUUCGGUAUGAGUGGAAUUGAAUGGAGAAAAAUGAGGAAAAGUUUGAUGAGAACAGCAAGGAGUUCAUCUUCAUCGUCCAUUUCAAUGUCAUCAGCUUCUUCUUCUGGGUGCAGUUCUUCCAUAAUGGAAUGGGCUAGUACAGAAGAAAGUGAAUUGAACCGCCCUGGACCUAAUGGCUUCUCACUGCUGAUUUACGUUUGGAAAAAAUGAAUUUAUGAAGCUUCGUGUUCUCGGUAAUCUUCAAUUGUCUCACUAAUUACUAACUAACCCCAUUUGUUGUUGAACAUAUAAUUAAAUAGAAUAAAAAAGUUGAAUUAAAAUACAGAGAGAGAUGGAUGUAUACAUUAUUCGAUUAGAUCUAACAUUAUUUCGAAUUUAAUAAAAUUUCUUUUCAAUUUAUAAAUAAAAAUGGAAGCCAUUAUUGUUAUUAUUUUGGUCGUCUCUGUUUAUAAUGUUUAGUUUAAAUUCCGAUCUGGGUCUAGUAUGAGCUGUAUGAUUAUGAUUGAAACAGUAAUUGUUGUGGGAAAUUCCCAACCCAAAGAAUAGGACAAGAUGCAUGUGAAGUGGGGCUCUUUC